AUGGUAAUUUUGCAGAGCUCCGACCCCCGCCCCUGUGGACCACCCCUCCUCCGCUACGGCCCUCCAGGGCUGCGGCUGCUUCUGCCCCCAAACCGGCUCUCCACGCGCGGACCUGGCCCCCCCAACCCCGGCUCGGGUCCUUCCCCUCCCCCUCCCCCGAGGUGCCACUUACCCUGGAGGCAGGAGUGGGGGAGGGGCGAGGAGGAGCGGAGCAGGGGAGGGGGCUUCGGUCCGGGGCGGCUCUCAGCCCCGGGGGGCCGGGGCCGGGGCCAGCGGCAGCGGCGGCGCAGCGUCUCCCCCCGGCGGCGGCAGCGGCGGCGGCGGCGCCGUCCCACUCCCGCAGGCACACAUAGGCUCCAUUGUCCGCCGGCGCCUCCCCCUUUCCGGCUCCCCCCUCCCGGUACCGCCCCUUCCCCCUCCCCUCGACCCUCCCCCAGCUGCACCGCGCCACGAAAGGUACGGCCGGCCCCGCCUCGGACGCGAGCGGAGAAGUGCCCCCUCCCCCGGCCCCGACGUCCCGCCCGGCGGGGAAUGGGGACCGCCCCUCCCCGCCUCGGCGCCCGGCCCCGCCGCCGGGAAGGGCCCGCCCCCUCCAGGGGAAUGUCACCAGCCCCCCUCCCGGAACGCGUGCAAUGGUACCAACCCAGCCGCUUCCUCCUCCCCCUCCCCCGCCUUCCCGCAGAGGCUCCGCCCCCGCUCCCCGCCCACCAAGUAGCCUCGCCUCCUCGGCUCCGCCCCGCCCUCCAACAUUUUACUAUGGGACCGCCCUACCGGCACCACCUCCUGGUUUGCAUGGACACGCCCACCAAGUCCCCUUCCCAGCCGGUCACCGGGCCAGAGGUGACGCCCACUCCCCACCUUAAAGCGGCAGAGCCCUCUUUCUCAACUAAAAGAACCUCCCAAAGGGCCGGUGGGGUGAGAGGUGCGGCCGGGGGGUAUUCUCUCCUUUCCCGCACCCUCCUCUUCGCGCACACUCACCCGGACCCCCCACCGCCUUCUGCAGCUCUGGGAGCAAACGAAGGGGACUAG